AUGAUGAAUAGUCCAUUUACUACGGAUGACGAAUUUAAAAAUGAUGAAGCUGAAUGCAGUUUACCUUUUACGGUAGUGACUGAUAUUAAUGCAUCGUCAUCUGAAGUUUCUAAGAUUAAUUUAGAAACUCAAAUAUGUGAAUUGGAAUCCCAACUGAAUGCAGAGAAACGAAAAUCUGAGGAGAAU